AUGCCUCAACCAACAGAUGUACCCUCAGUCAAGAGAUUCCUUGGUAUGGUGAAUUAUCUUUCCAAAUUUUUACCGAACAUUUCAACUAUCACCGAACCACUUCGUCAACUAGAAGCAAAAGAUGUUGAAUGGCACUGGGAUGAAAAUCAGCAAAAUGCAUUCGAAGAGAUAAAGAAACUCAUCAGUCAUCACAUGUCACCCUGUCCUACAUUACUACGAUGUCGCCAAGGAA